CAAAACUAUGUCUUUCUCAUCUAAAAACCAAACAAAGCUUUCCAAAGAACAAGAAAAUUCGUAUUACAAUUUUUGGAGUAAAGUGGAAGAAAAACCGUUUUCAUUUAACUCUAUCUGUCUUACUACUGAAACUGUUCCUUCAGCACCAAAUAAAACAGGAAAACCAUCGCCUGUUGAACUGGUACGACCUCUUUUAAUAGGUGUGGAGAAAAACUCUGUUCUUAUUGAAAUUACACAUAUCAAAGAACCACAGUUACUUCUCAAUGCACUCCAAAGUUUUAAUGCGGGCAAAGAAGAAGGUGCCGAGUAUCGCGGUCGUUUACAAACGUUUCGAAGAUACCUCGAUCGUUCUUAUUUAGAGACAGUAUGGACGAUGGGAAGCCAUGGACGUAACACUAUUCUGAAUGAAGGUAUCAUACUGUCAGAUGGUACUUUUGUUAAAGGAUUUUUAUCUUUAACAGAUAAAGAUCAGCUUAUACACGUUGAAUUACAUAAUUUACCUUUUUUACCCUUACUAUCAUUAAAGUAUGAGAUGGAAAUACGGUUACGCUUCUUUGGAGAUAUAUUGGAUUUGGGUGUCUUUAAAAGAGGUGGAUGCUUUACGGGAUUAGGUUACGCCAUACUGAAUAUCACUCCAACACUACCCAACUCAAAAAAAUUCGAGCCUUUACCAGACGGCGGCAUUCCAUGGAUUACUGAUGAUGAUGAAGAGUGGGACAGAUACGUGAAUUUAAAAUAUACACCCAUCAAGAUAACUUUUUAAAAAAAGUUCAGAAGCAAUCUCAUCAUACACACACAAUUUAUUAGCCGAUUAUUCCCCAUUCAUCAUUAACAUUAUCCUCUC